GAAUUGGGCAAGAAAGACGUCAAACACUCGCCUGCUUUUGGGGUCGCCUAGAUUCGCGGCGCCAAUAAGGCGCGCCCGCCCGUUCCGCCUCCUCCCCGCGACAACAAACAAAAAGAAUCGCAGAGCGCCCAGACGACAAAACCAGCGACAAAAUCAGACGACAAAACCCGCCGCGUUCCCAUGCUGUCGCAGAGGCGCCCGCCCACCGACACGACAAACCCGAGCAGCGGCUGACAUGGCAGACGGCACCAAUCCCGCGAGCACGCCGACCAACUCGACCGGCUCCAGCGGCAGGGAUGUCCCACUGCUCUAUGAUAAGGCCGCGAACGGCGGGAGGCGACCCGCUCACCACCAUCCCCCCUCGACCGCGCCCACUUCUGCUACUCCACCACAACCACAACCGUAUUCCCUAGCCCCUGGCCACAGCCUGAGGCGUGCGGCCACUAUCGCCGAGCCCUCACUGCGCCGCCGCGCCGUGCUCUCCCCGCUCGAGCAGCAGGGUUCCGCCGAGCCCGGUAGCACCGCUCGUCGCCGCGACUCGGCCAUUUCGUCCGACUGCAGCCUCGAUGCCCUCAACAGUCCCAGCCGCAGGCCCGGGGUCGUAAUCAACAAGCCGGAUAGGUCGAUCGGGCCUGAUAUGCAAGCUCUCCCACUCCUCUUUGCUCUGCUUCCCGCUCUCGGCGGCCUGAUAUUCAAGGACGGCAGCGCCUUUGUGACCGAUUUUCUCCUGCUCGGCUUGGCCGCUGUGUUUUUGCAUACCACGGUCACACAGCCAUGGAGCUGGUAUCACUCCGCUCAGCAGAUAAGAAUAGCUGAGGAGGUAGUUACCGAGGAGGUUGUGGACGGGCACGACUACGAAGACCUCAGUGACGAAGAUGGUUCAGGGGGCGAUGAUUAUGCCUCCUCUAUGGAUGGCGGCGAGAAAUCCCCGAACAGGCGCGCAUCACAGUCGGCAACAAAGCCGCAGGGGACGCGUCAUGCGGCGUUGCGGGAACUUUACUUUCACGAGAUCGCGGCUCUAUUUUUAUGCUUCAUCUCUCCCGCGCUGGGCGCCAGCAUUCUCCAUGGCAUCCGCACGCAACUCAGUCGGCCGUCUGAGGGUCUCGUGUCAAACUACAACCUUACCGUCUUCCUGCUCGCCGCCGAGAUCCGACCCGUUCGUCACCUCAUGCGGCUUGUUGAGGCCCGCACCAUACACCUGCAACGCAUUGUGCUGGCGAACCCGUACGCCAGCAAUUUCUCACGGGGGGCCGGCACCGUCAACGGAGCCCGCGGUGGCGGCGAGCCCGUAGUUACCGCCACGCAGUUGGCUGUGCUGGCGGCGCGUGUGGAAGAGCUCGAGUCACAGGUAGUGAACGAGGCGCAGGUGCAAGCGGCGCACAGCGGGCCAGCGGGCUUGGAGGCGCGAUCUCAGCGGCGCGACGCGAUCCUGCGUGAGGCGCGGUCGCAGAUGCAACCAGAGGUGGACGCACUCAACCGCGCGGUGCGCCGAUACGAGAAGAAGCAGACCAUCCUUGCCGUCCAGCUCGACGGUCGUCUGCAGAUGCUCGACGGCCGGCUCGACGACGCGCUCGCGCUCGCGGCACACGCAGCCAAGAACAGCAGGCCCCGCCCAUCACUCCUGGCGUCGGCCACCGACCAGAUCCUUGUCGCACUGAUGCUGCCGUUCCGCGGUAUCUGGCUGAUCGCAUGCCUGCCCGUGCGCCUCCUGACAACAGCUUUCGGCCGCGAUCAGAGACAGACAGAAAAGGCGUCCAAGGGCUACAGGAGCGGCAGGUCUUCGCGAUCGUCCAGCACAGGCGGGGACCGUUUCCCGGCUAGGCUGUCAAGGAGGUGACAGUGUAGCGUCUGACAUGGUAUUGUUUUUGGGUUCGACCUAUUCGAAGGUAUUGCUAUAUUACUACCCACGUUUAACGGCCUUGCAUGGUAUACCCCGAGACAUGAAGAGUUGGAACAGCAAGAAACUAGUGAGAGAAGAACCAGAUGCUGGGCAGUCGAGUGGGGGAUAGAGACAUUGUGUUCCGGGUUACAAGGGGCGUAUGAGAUCGUCACUAAUACUGCGCAGAGGACGGCCUCACACGGAAUGGGUCAAACACCGAGCUGAUGCUCAAGAUGUCGAGGAAGGUUGCCGCGUGUAGCGUCGAGGACUCUGUUGCGUACUUCAAGUUGGGACGGGGCCCUUUGGGCCUGAUAUUGGUUCCCGAGGGGCGGGUGGCGUUUUCCGCCUAUGCGGCAGAUGGUAUUGUUUCUAUCAUUGCUUUACAGGGUUUUCAUUUUUAUGUUUUUAUGUCCAUGUCUAGGUAUUCGUUCUAUUGGAGAUUGGCCAUAUCUCCCAAUCGGACAUGCUGACCGUGCUCCUUGUGUAAGUGGCCGGAGGGGUGAACCA